GGUGGAUCUCGAUCGAGCUGUCCUUGGAUUAAAUAGUUAUGACCCUUUCCUGCUGCAUCUCUUCCUUUAUCUCCCUACACCAGACUGCGCAAUAUGUCCAGAGCUGAAGUAACGACGAGCAACGGAGAACCCUCUCCAGCUACUCCACUACUUGGGAAUGCUAUCUCGGAGAAUCCUCGGCACCAAAAAGGGGGCGGUUCCAAUAUUUACGCCUUACUGAUAUGUGCCGCAUUUACUAUCGCCGUUGACUUUGCUUCUUCUUUGCGAAUUGCACCCACUAAUCAGCUACUCGAACAAUCUGUAUGUCGGUCCUAUUAUCGUUUUGUUGGCCCUUCCAAUAUAUCUACGGAAAAUUCCGUUCUAGAAGGGCGCUGCAAAAUACGUGAGAUUCAAAGUGAAAUAGCUGUCUUGAGGGGUUGGUUAGGACUUGCAGAGGCACUCCCAGGGCUACUCCUCGCCAUCCCCUACGGGCUCCUAGCGCAGCGAUAUGGGAGAAAGCUGGUAGUGAUCCUCGGGCUCGGGGGGGAGAUACUAUCUAACAUCUGGUUCUGGUUCGCUUGUCAUUAUUCUCAACGAUUCUCCGGUUGGGAUAUCGCCGCAUACUCUAGUAUUCGGUUCAUAGGGGGAGGAGCUCCUGUUAUCUCUACCAUCCUGCUUGCAAUGGUCUCAUCAUUUGUAUCUCCACACAGUCGCACCCGGGUAUUCUUCUAUAUGGCUGUCUCUCAGAUGAUUUCUGGACUCUUAUCUACGCCAUUGAGCUCGUUGCUUCUGUCGCGAUUCGGGCCCGAUGUUCCAUACCUGCUUGGAACACCUUUCGAAUUGACAGGGUAUCUAUGUCUAUACCUCUUGCCCAACUCAGAGCCUCCAGCUGAUACUGUGGACUCUGAUGAGGUUGUCGAAGGUGAAACUCAAGAUAGCUCGGCCCCAAAAGGGCGCAAAGUGACGCACGCACAAGAGCUUUUUGCAUUCCUCAUGUCCCCCACUGGCUUCCUUCCGCUUCUGUUUGCUUUUAUGGUCAAUAAACUAAGUCGGCAGGUCGAAGAGCUCAUCGUUCAGUAUAUGAGGGUUAGAUUUGACUGGACGGUCGCACAGAGCGGUUAUCUACUAUCCUUGGAAACUGCAAUGCAUAUCAUCUUGGCAUGUGCGGUCUUGCCAGGGGCUCACAGGGCAUUAGUGCAAGCAUCUGGCCGGAACCCAGCAAGUGCCGAUCUCCGCAUGGCAAAAGGAAGCACAGUAUUUCUUGUUGUGGGGCCUCUGCUUAUGGGUCUGGCGCCUCAUUCUGUGGUGUUAAUUCUAGGACUCUUGAUCUUCAUCAUGGGUUCUGGCUUUCGUCAGUCGGUACAAUCAUAUCUGACAGGUGCUAUUCCACCGGAGAACGUCACUUUGCUUUAUACCUCGAUCACAGUUCUGGAUGCCUUGGGCUCCCUGGCAGCUGCCCCAUUGAUGGCGUACAUGUUGUCCCUUGGUAUCAAGACCGGCGGGAUGGCCAUGGGCCUGCCGUUUUUCUUGGCAGCAAUCCUCUAUGCCGUCAGUGGAGCCGGCGUAUGGCUCGCUCGUUUGACUACUUAGUGUCGGAGCAAUUGACAGGUGGGGUGUGUCAGACUUCAUAGUCACCCAAGCACAUACGCAAUGAUAUCUGACAGUGAUGUUCUCUAUCGAUUUCGUCCUUUUUUGGCCUUUUUUUAUUAUUAUUAUUAUUGUUCCAAUUUGAAACCCGAUGAUGAUCGACAUGGUUCGGACGGAUGUAACAUGCAAAUGAGGAAAAGGUGAACCCUGCUCU